GUGGAUUAGUGAAGGUGUAUUGCUUAAGAUUUUAUUCCUUGUUUUUAUUCAAUUAAAUCCCUAUAAAUACACUAGGCUUUUUAAACGAAGCUGCGGCAGUUUCCUAAAGUUCUUUGUUAAAAGUAAUAAUCCAAUCGGAAAAGUAGUAAAGAUGACUAGCCAUCGUGAACCAACUGUAGUGGGAGUCCCCAAUUUCAAUGCAAUGGAAGAUGCGGCAGCCCUGCGCGCUGCUAUGAAGGGCUUUGGUACUGAUGAGCAAGCUAUAAUUGACAUCCUCACUUCACGCUCCAAUGCUCAGCGUCAGGCAAUCUCGCAGGCCUUCACUCAUGAAUAUGGCAGGGAUUUAAUAGAUGACCUGAAGUCAGAGCUGGGUGGUCACUUUGAGGACGUGAUCGUGGCUCUGAUGCUGCCCCCCGAGGAGUACCUUUGCAAGGAGCUCAACAAGUGCAUGGAUGGGCUCGGCACAGAUGAGAGUGUGCUCAUUGAGAUACUCUGUACGCGCACCAAAAAGGAGAUUGCUGACAUAGUGCAGGCAUACGAGAGAUUGUAUAACCGGCCGCUGGCGGAGCACAUGUGCUCGGAGACGUCCGGUGACUUCCGCCGUCUUCUCACACUCAUCGUCACUCGAGCCCCUCAGGGAGCGCGAGAUGAGGAGGCGGGUGUGGAUGCUGCGCGUGCGGCGGAGAGCGCGCAGCAGCUGUACGAUGCGGGCGAGGCUAAAUGGGGCACUGAUGAGGAAGUCUUCAACAAGAUCUUGGCGCACGAGAGUUUUGCGCAGCUGAAGCUGAUCUUCGAGGAGUACAAGAACAUCGCGGGCCGCACCAUAGAGCAAGCUAUCAAGGCUGAAGUUGAUGGUGAACUAAAAGACGCCUACUCUGCAAUAGUGGAAUGUGUGGAGAACGCUGCGGCAUGGUUUGCGAUGAGGCUGCGUGCGGCGACUCAGGGCGCGGGAACUGAUGAUGGCUGCUUGGUGCGAGUUAUCUGCAGCCGCGCUGAGAUAGAUCUCAACGAUAUAAAGAAGGAGUACGAACGUCUUUAUGAUAAGACGCUGCAGAGCGAUAUAGAGCAGGGCGAGACCUCGGGAGACUACAAGCGCGCUCUCGUGGCUUUGCUCGGACCGGCGUAGACUGAACGCUGUGAAAUCCUCGUGCGAAGCUCCUAGAUUUAAUUCUACAUAGACGAGUCUAAUUUUUUAUAGAUUUUGUUUAUAUUUUGAGCAGCUCGUGUACACUUAGCUUCGUUUAGAUUUACAAAUACCCACCAUUUCGUCCUUGUAACAGACUAUAAAAUAUGAAGAUAUUUAUUGUGUAGAUUAAACAUUUUUUAAAUGU